UGGAUUGUUCUGAGGCAGGAACCAUUUAAUUUGUUUCAUGCCGGAAGAGUAAUGCCGUUGCGCCGUCCUUCACUACAAGACGUACCGGUUAUGUUUUGGGCAAGAGGUCUGAUACUAGCGGAUGCAAGAGGUUCUGACUGUGGAAGGUCUGAACACCUCAAACAUGCUGUCAGGACUGGUUUCUGCUGCCUGCCUCUCUCUGAAGUGGCCUCACUGGAAAGCAACUCUUCACAGAAUGUAUAGCCCAUCAAAGCCAGGGCAAUGGCUACUUGGAACUGUGGUUCAAAGAGGGGCUCAUAGAUGGUCUACAGCACCAUCAUCAAGGAUAAACCACAAGCCAGUGUUUACCAGGGCUCCAGCAUUUGGAGAUAAGCUUGCUAUCAUAGACAACAGUGGCAGCCACAGCUACAAGCAGCUGUAUUGCAGCAGCUUAGGACUUGCAGGUAGAAUCAGCACCGCUCUCAACUCUGACUUUGGGCGUCUAAAAGGAAAACGAAUCUCCUUCCUGUGUGCUAAUGAUGCUUCUUAUACAGUGGCACAGUGGGCGGCUUGGAUGAGUGGUGCGAUGGCGGUGCCCCUCUACCGAAAACACCCUGAAUCUGAGAUGGAAUACAUCAUCUCUGACUCCCAGAGUUCACUGCUGGUGGCCGGGCAUCUCUAUGCUGAAACCCUUGAGCCACUAGCACAGAGAUUGGGGCUGCCCUGCCUGACACUGCCCCCUACUUCUAACCUGGGCACUUUAGAUGGGGCAGACACCCAAGAGAGUGAGACAGGAGACUUCACGGACUGGGCGGAUCGACCAGCUAUGAUUAUCUACACCAGUGGUACCACAGGGAGACCCAAGGGAGUUCUACAUACACACAGCAGCAUCCAAGCCAUGGUCCAGUGUCUGGUUUCAGAGUGGGCGUGGUCCAGAGAUGACGUCAUCCUCCACACCUUGCCCCUCCACCACGUGCAUGGCAUUGUUAACAAGCUGCUGUGCCCACUCUGGGUGGGCGCCACCUGCGUCAUGCUGCCUGAAUUCCAUCCUCAGAAGGUGUGGGAGAUGCUGUUGAGCUCCGAGGCUCCCCUGGUUAAUGUGUUCAUGGCCGUGCCAACUAUCUACUCUAAGCUGAUCCAGUACUAUGAUCAGCACUUCACACAGCCUCACGUCAAGGACUUUGUCAAAGCAGUCUGCAAAGAGAGGAUCAGGCUGAUGGUUUCGGGCUCGGCUGCUCUCCCUCUUCCCACUCUGCAGCGCUGGGAGGAGAUUACAGGACACACACUGCUGGAACGCUACGGCAUGACAGAGAUCGGAAUGGCACUGUCCAACCCUCUCAAGGGCCCACGCAUCCCAGGGGCUGUAGGGUUGCCUCUUCCCGGUGUCGAAGUCCAGAUUGUCAUGAGUACCACAACCAACACCACCAUUGUGGAGGGCAAUCACCGCGAAACUCAGGUACGUCAAGGUCUGGAGGGGAAAGAAGGGGAGCUCCUGGUUCGAGGUCCAUCCGUCUUUCAGGAGUACUGGAACAAACCUCAAGAGACCAGAGAGUCUUUCUCUGAUGACGGCUGGUUCAAAACAGGUGACACCGCGGUCUAUAAAGACGGUGUGUAUUGGAUUAAGGGCCGCAGCAGUGUUGACAUCAUCAAGAGUGGUGGCUACAAGAUCAGUGCACUCGAGGUGGAGCGUCACCUACUGGCUCAUCCAGAAAUCAUAGAUGUGGCUGUGAUAGGGGCCCCAGAUGCCACUUGGGGUCAGAAAGUCACCGCAGUGGUGCAGCUGAAGAAAGGGCAGAGUAUGACCCUGCCAGAGUUGAAGACCUGGGCAAGGGAGCACAUGGUGCCCUACACCAUCCCCACAGGCCUGGUGCUGGUGGAGGAGAUGCCAAGGAAUCAGAUGGGUAAGGUCAACAAGAAGGACCUCCUGCGACACUUCUUCCCAUGACUGGACCCCCUCGAUAUGUAUGACAACGUACAGUUUCCUGGUUAAAGAACUUCAGAUGUCCUGGCUGUCCCCAUCUGGUCCUUAGAUCAGAUAAACUUCACAGACAAAUGUACAGAGGAAAUACAAAUUAACGGAAAAUGACUUAACCUCUGACUUAAUCACAACUAUGAGCGCUGCAACAAAAGUAAUUCUAUUACAUUGAAUGCCAAUUAUGCCAAGCAUUGUUAGCCAGUUACGGUGUAAGAGAGGUCUGGAAAUCGUUACUUGAUAUGUAAUUUAUUGAGGCAAAAUGAACAAGAGGACACAAAAUGUGUGUCCAAAUUGCAACUGAGUUUAAGAAAAAGUCAAAAUUAUUUGAAGUUGCAUUAAUAAAAAAGUGCUUAGAAUUUAAACUAACCAACAUGGAUGUGACAGACAUAUCAUUUCUAAGACACUGUCAAGUACACUGUUAAUUGGUAUGCAACCUAAUAUGACCCACUUUUUUAGGGUUUGCAGUUGUAGUAGUGUCCCAGUUCCAUAAUACAAUACUGUUAUAUUUUAAUUAUGAUUAUGAAUUAUAAGCAGAUUUAGAGUAUUUACUUUUGUAUGUUCAAACUGGAAACAUGACAAAAGUAAGUAUGCUCAAAAACUUUAUUUUUAACUGGCUUUUGGUGCAGUUUGUUGAUUUCUUGAAUAUUAACUGCAAAAACAGUGUACUAUAAAGAUUAAUAUAUAGUACAAAAAUACUUAAACACAGCGAUACCUAUUGGUGAAAGUGAUUUGAGCACUCAUACAUACUGGUAUCUGAUAUUUUGUUUGUGAAAAUUGUGUGAUCAAAGAAUACAAUAUUACUUUUGGUGGUCGAGUGGUGGUGUCUAGAAUCAUGGUUAAUUACACCUGCACUAAACAAAAUAACAAUGUGGCGAUCAGUGAGAAAACACUGUUAAUAUGAGGUCCUUGGCAUUGUACACACACUGGUACACUUGAAAUAACAUAAUGUUUAUCUGAAAAUUAAAAAGUUUUAUAAAAUACUUUUGCAUGAA